AUGACUUUCUCCUCUCAAGGGCCAGGACCUGGGAAAUAUGGAAGACAACCUUGCACUGGGAUUAAGGACCAUGACUUUACCAAGUACACGGAACCGGCUUACACUAUGCGUGUGAAAUCCAGUGAAAAAAUGAUUGCAUUUGUGGAGAGUCCUGGGCCUUGUUAUUUUGUGGAUCCCAGCCUUUCGCACCUAGGAAUAUGGAGGCCAGCGUCAUUCCGCAUGCAGCAGGAGAGAAGGACCACAAAAAUUACCCCGACUCCUGCCCCAAAUGAAUAUUAUGUUGAGAAGAUACACCCAAUUGAAGAACCAAAUGCCCCAGCAUAUACCAUAGGUGUGCGGACGCGCUAUUGGGAGAGCAGCCCGACCCCAGGACCCAACAGAUACACCCUUCCAAAGACACUGGGUCCUGGGUUACCCGUCAAACCAUCAGCUCCCUGCCUUACGAUGGCUUCCAGCGCAUCAGUGUGGAGCUACGCCAGGGAUCUGGUCAAAGGUCCCGGUCCGGCCAUGUAUGCCAGACCAGAGCCGAAUGUCUACCUCCACCGCCAGCCAGCCUACAGCAUAUCGCAAAGGCUCGGUCCCUCCAGCAAAGACUGCAUACCGGGACCCCUUGACUACAAUGCUGAACUGGUCAUGGCCCACAAGCCACGAGCACCACAGUUCACUCUAGGGAUUCGCCACUCCGAAUACGUUCACAGCAUUCCCCCAGUUUGCAUAGUCAAGGAAUGAAAGUGGUCCAUUGCAAAUGGGUGGCAAUGGGUCCUUUCCAAAGAGCCACCUCCAUUAAGGGCAUAUCUGGCCACAGGUUCAACAGCCAUGGCAUGAAGGACUCAUUUUGGUCAGCAACUCAUUCAUGGACCAUAGAGAUUUCUACUGAGCAGUGAGAUGUUUUUGAGAGGCCUUCUCUCCAAUGUGAUAGGUCUAGACUUGUUCCGGUCCACCUCCAUUCUCUCUUCUUCCUUAUGUUUCUUCUACUAUAGGAGUGUUAAUCUUUAAGGCAAAUACCUAGCAUAGUGUAAGCCUCCCUUCCCCUCCCUUGAAUUCACUAACCUGAAGAUAGGAAGGACACUUAGAUAAUUCAUAACUAUGUAGACAUAAUAAAGUGUUAAUGUUUCCACAAAA